AUGGAAAUGGAGGAAAGCGUGGCUUCAAAGCCAGGCUUUGAGCAGCUUCGUCAGGAGGGAGACAAUGAGAGCGACCGUGACAUGCUUUCCGCCGAAGAGGACGGCUUUCUGGGGCAAAAAGCAAGAUUGAGAAAGAGACAGAGAAUGUGGAAAAUUUCCGCCCGAGCCUGCACAAUCUUUAACAUCUGUUUCACUAUAAUUUUGCUGAGCAUUUUGGCAUUGACAUCUCGAUCAAAGUGUUAUGGGGCACCCGAGCCUCCAUAUUCACCAUUAUGGGAAGACGGAGCAGUCAAGUACGUGAACAAACGAAUUAGGCCGAUGAAAAUUUUCCAGUCCGAGACCUCUGAUGAGGUCGAACGGGCUUGGAACGCCACCCUCGGACCGAGCGAAGGCGUUAUAACCCUCCCGAAAGAAUAUACCUCGAAGCUUCCUCAUACGCUGGAAGCCUGGUUUAAGCCAGGACACUAUGUAUAUGGUGUUUCUGUGUUCCAUCAACUUCACUGCCUAAACCGCAUACGCAAAACGUUCUAUGCGGAUAAAUUCUUUGCUCAUGAGUCCGAAAAGGAUAUUCAAUUUCAUAAAAACCAUUGUUUUGACCUACUUCGCCAAACAAUUGCAUGUAAUGGCGACGUCUCUUUAGUUUCUUGGUGGAAUAGGGAUUUUACCUACAAAGACAGUGAUGGCAAGAAGCAACUCACCCAAAAAUACCUGUCAAUGUCACCAAAAGAACGAGCGAAAGAAGCUGUUGUAUUUUGGGAUGUAAAGACAAGAUGUCACGAUUUAGAUGCGAUCACUGCAUGGACGGAAAAGCACCGAGCAAAGUGACCGGAUUCAAAUGAAAUUCCAUAGAUUACACUCACGUAUAUCUAUAUGUACCUAGACACCUAUAUAUCGCACUGUAUGUUCCUUCAUUGAGGAUUGCU